GCUCAGUUCCUGUAAAUGGGAUGGUUUGGGGUACGGGGGAGCAGAGUGGGGCAGGUAUAAAAGGAAGCGCGUGCCUGGAGAAGAGGCUCCAGCUAGGCAGCUGGGCACCAGGAGCAGAGGGCACGGAGGGCACCGGAAGAGGCUACACCACGCCUCCUCUGCUGCAGCCAGGAUGGGUCUGAAGGCUGCUCAGACAGGCUUCGCGGUCCUGGUGCUGCUCCAGAGCUGCACUGCAUACAAACUGGUCUGCUACUACACCAGCUGGUCCCAGUACCGUGAGGGUGACGGGAGCUGCUUUCCAGAUGCCAUCGACCCCUUCCUCUGCACCCACGUCAUCUACAGCUUUGCCAAUAUAAGCCACAAUGAGAUCGAUACCUGGGAGUGGAACGAUGUGACGCUCUAUGACACACUGAACGCACUCAAGAGCAGGAACCCCAACCUGAAGACUCUCCUGUCUGUUGGAGGAUGGAACUUUGGUUCUCAAAGAUUUUCCAAAAUAGCCUCCAACACUCAGAGUCGCAGGACUUUCAUCAAGUCGGUGCCGCCAUUUCUGCGGACCCAUGGCUUUGACGGGCUGGACUUAGCCUGGCUCUACCCUGGACGGAGAGACAAGCGGCAUCUCACCACUCUGGCCAAGGAAAUGAAGGCUGAGUUUGCAAAGGAAGCCCAGGGCGGGGCAGAGCAGCUCCUGCUCAGCGCAGCCAUGUCUGCAGGGAAGGUCACCAUCGACAGUGGCUAUGACGUCGCCCAUAUAUCCCGACACCUGGACUUCAUCAAUCUUUUGACCUAUGACUUUCAUGGAUCCUGGCACCAGACCACAGGGCAUCACAGCCCCCUGUUCCGGGGCCAGGAGAAUGCAAGUUCUGACAGAUUCAGCAAUGCUGACUACGCUGUGGGCUACAUGCUGAGGCUGGGGGCCCCAGCCGAUAAGCUGGUGAUGGGCAUCCCCACCUUUGGGAGGAGCUUCACUCUGGCCUCUUCCAAGACGGAUGUGGGAGCCCCGACCUCGGGGCCUGGAAUACCAGGCCGGUUCACCAAGGAGGAAGGGAUCCUCGCCUACUAUGAGAUCUGUGACUUCCUCCGCGGGGGAGCCACUGUGCACAGACUCCUUGGCCAGCUGGUACCCUAUGCCACCAAGGGCAACCAGUGGGUGGGGUACGAGGACCAGGAGAGCGUCAAGAGCAAGGUGCAGUACCUGAGGAACAGGCAGCUGGCAGGCGCCAUGGUGUGGGCUCUGGACUUGGAUGACUUCCGGGGCACCUUCUGCGGCCAGAACCUGCACUUCCCUCUCACCAGUGCCAUCAAGGAUGCUCUCGCGGCCGCUUAGCCCUCUGUCCUGCUGCGCAUGGUGGGGCGGCCCUCAGCCCUUGGCUCCCGCCGUCAGGAGCCUGAUCAGCUGCACCGCUGAGCCUCAGAGUCUCCCUCCCUCGGACCCUGUGCAGAGGGACUCCCUGCAGAGGGCCACAGCGCUGGGAUCUGAGCUCGGCUCUGCUGACAGGCAGGCUGGGGUGGGGCUGUGGGCAGUUAGGGCCUGGAGACUAGCACAGCCUAAGACAGAGUCAGCACACACUGCUGAUGGAUGAACCUGCUCAG